AUGACUGACGCGUCUCAGUCUUUUUACGCGACUCAGGCGAAUCACGCAACUCAAUCAAUUCACGCGACUCAGUCGAUCCAGGCAGGCGUCACAGGGACGGAUGACAGCAGUCGAUUAGAUCCCUGCGUUCCCUCGGGGCUGAAGCCCUCCCUCGUGGCCAAUGCGAUUUCUUCGGCCGCGAGGCAGGGGGCAGGGUUGGCAGCGGAGGGGCCGUUGCUGGAUGUGAAAAGCGCUCCUUUUCUCCUCUCCGGCAGUCAGCCGCCCUCCCCUAUGCUACUCCCGCCAUCCCCCAUGCUGCGGCAGCAGCAAGCGCUUCAAUCGCUGCCCGCCGCUCAGAGCGAGCAACCACUGAUGCCCCGAUCAGCGGCGCUUCCUCGUCCGUCUGCCGUCGUGUCCGCGCCAUCGCAGCUCCGCGUGCAGAGCGGCGCGGUCGGCAGGUGCGAGCCCACAUCGCACGGCGGAGCGCACGCAGCGGGGCAGGGGCAGCAGCAGCAGCAGCAGCAGCAGCAGGAGAAGGAUGAUGAGGAGGAGGAGGAGCAGCAGCAGCAGCAGCAGCAGCGGCGGCAAGGUCAAGGGUUGGGCAGAGGGAAGGGGCGAGGGAAGGGCAAGGGCAAGGGCAAGCGAGGGUGGCGGUCGUCACUGGUCGUUGGAGCGAACGGUGCCCCCGCGCCAGACAAGGCGGGCCGCCCGUCCGCGGGCAAGAAGCGCCGCCACCUUGUGGACGAGUCGCCAGGGCUGUGGCUGGGUGACGAGUGCGACGCUGCCACGUGUGCGUCGGACCGGUCGGGCAGUCCGUGUGGCGUGUGCGCGGCGAGCGUGCUGGUGGUGCAGGGCGACCGCGGGUGGCGCGAGGGCGGGGCGGCCGUGGAGGCGCGGGUGGUGGGCGACGAGGAGGGCGGGGCGAGAGCGCACGUGCUCGCCGUGCUCCUGCGCGGCCACGCGCGCUUCUCGUACCGCCCGGAGCAGGCGGGGGCGACGGGCAGCAGCAACCGGGUGACGGGCGCCAUCAUGUGGCGCCCUCCUGACGCCGACGCGGGCAGCAGCGCCGCCUCGUGGGCGCUGGAGUUUGCGGAGAGGAAGGAGUGGCGAAGGUUCCAGCAGCUGCACGACUCAUGCGCCCAGCGCAACAGCCGCGCCGUGUCGGCGCGCCGCAUCCCCAUCCCCGGCGUGCACCUCGUGCCCUGGCGCUGGCGCCUGCGCGGCUCCUCCGCAUGCGCGGCCAGCAGCAGCGCCAGCAGCGACAGCGUAGCGGGGCCGGUGGAAGGUGCGGAGGCGGGUGAGGGGCGCGAGGCGUUCGCCCCCCCGGCGGGGUACAUCCGUGGCGUGGACGAGGCGGAGCGCGUGCGGCCCGGCAGUCGCCACGUGGUGUACGACCUCGACUCCGACGACGAGCGCUUCCUCUCCGCGCUCCCGCGCACCCUCCGCCGCGCAGGGGGGGAGGGGCAGGCAAGGGGGGAGGGGCAGGCAGGGGUUGAGGGGCAGGCAGAGGGGAAGGGGCAGGCAGGGGCAGAGACGGCGGGUGAAAGGGGUGAGAGUGUCGCGUGUGAUGGCAGAGGGAGUGAUGGCGAAGUGGCAGGGAGUAUGGUGGCGGUGAGCGAGGGGCAGGUGGAGAGGGUGAUGGACCGGCUUGAGAAGGAGGCCUUUGCUGCGCGCUCGCUGCUCUCCGAGGCGCACGCCCUGUGCUGCUGCGCGCACCUGGCGCCGCCAGACGCCGUGCGCGCCAUCUUCCACCACUGGCUCGCCAAGCGCACCCGCAAGGGCACUGCGCUCUGCCGCCACUUCCAGCGCGCGCCGUGGGAGGUGUAUCAGGCGCAGGUGAACGAGUGGCAGCGGCAGCUGCAGCUGCUGCACGCCCGCGAGGCCACGCCCCUCGCUCCGUCUCCCGCGCCGUGGCCCCCGGGGCAGCCGGCAGGAGGUGCAGAGGCAGCAGCGGAGCAGAGGGCGGGCGAGGGAGCGGGGAUGGGUGGCAUGGCGAGGCAGGGAGAGAGUGGUGCUGGGCUGCAGAGGGCACCACACGACCACUCACAGCAGCAGCAAGAGGAGGGAGGGGAGCAGCAGCAGGAGGGAGGAGCGGGGCGUGCGGUAGCAGUGCAGCAGGGGCAGGUGUCAGCUGGUGCAGCAUCCAGGCACGAGCAGCGUGAUCCGCACGGACAGCACCCACCCAGCACGGCAGCACCCGGUGCCGCAGCAGCAGGUUUAUCCACUCCUGCGCGCCUUCCCAGAAGCCCGGCCGCCUCCUCCUCUCCCUUCCCCUCACCCAUUCCCUUCGGCACCCCCAUCACCCCCGGCCCUGGCAGUGCAGCGCAGCAGCGUGUGCCCGCCAUCCCCCGCCCGCCACUCUUUGCCUUCUGCCUGCAGCCGCGCGCCCACGCGCGCAGGGCCGCCUUCCCCUCGCGCCCGCGCUCCACCAAGCGCGCGCCGGCCUCCGCGGAGCACGUGGCGGGCGCAUGGGGCGGCGCUGCUGCAGACAGUGCGGAAGGCAGUCCCAGGGUGGGGGGGGGCGUGGCGGCCCGCACAGAGGCGCUCCCCGUGGGCGAGGCGCAGCAGGGGGGGCGGCGAGAGGGCGUGGAGGGGCUGGUGGCGGCCAAAAGGCAGCGCCGCGUGGUGUGCCUCGCAGACCUGGGAGGCGAGGAGGCGGAGGGCAGCAGCAGGGGCGGCUCAGCAGGUGGCUCAGCAAGCGGGGCAGCAGGCGGAGCAGCAGAGUCUUUCCCUGGCGCAGGCCACGAGGGGGUGAGUGCCCCGCAUGGGGACUUAUCUCGCGCGCACCCCUCGUCUGCGCGCCCCUCGGCCAAAGCGUGGCCUCGCCUCACCACCACCUCGCCGUGGUCGCCCCUCCCCUUCGCCUUUCGCCUGAGCCCCCGUCUUAGCACCCCGGAGCCCGCACACUUGGAUGCCACUCCGCAAGCGCUGCCGCUGGCGGCGCAGCAGGUGUACGGGGGGGGCGAGGGGGGGAUGAGGCAGUUGCUGAGGCAGCAGCAGGCGAGGCACGCGAGGGGGCGGGCAGCGUGGGGCGUGCAGCUGACGGGCAGCGCGGGGGUGAGCGGGGCGGGCGGGGACGAAGCAGCAGCGCCCACGCCACCACACGGCACUGCUGCGGGGCCCCUUGCGCUGCCUGCUGCCUCCGCGCCGCACCAGCUGCCCGGCGCUCCCCUGGUGGCUGCACGGCUGCGUGGCGCCCCCACUGCUGCGUGCACCGAGAGCGGCGCCCCUGCACACGCGGCUUUGGUGGAGGCAGGGGCAGGGCAGCAGUGGGAGCAUGGGAGCGGCGGCAGCAGAGGGGGCGAGGGCGAGGCGGUGCAGGUGAGUGGAGUGGCGGGCGUGCGGUCAGAGCUGCUGUCGCUGGCGCACGCGCGCAUGGGCAAUAACAGUGGCGCACGCAGUGGAAUCGCGCACGCAGCAGCAGCUGCUGCUGUGGCGGCGCCAGGGGAGGGCAGGGAAGCAACGCCAAGGGAUGCGGGCGUGGGGCAGUGGGCGCAGUGCAGGACGGACGGUAGACCGUUGCCGUUUGGGGUGAGAGGUAGAGCGCAGGCGAUGGCAGGUGCAGGAGGGAGGGGAAGGCGUAGGGCGCGGGCAGCGUUGGUGCUGCAGCAGACACAGCGGCACGUGGGGUGGGCAGGGCAGGUGGAGGGGCUGGCAGGCGAGGCAGCACAAGUGGGUGGAGACAGGUCGGUGAGUGGCACAGAGGUGCAGGCAGCAGGUCUCGACGCACACGCUCACGCAGGCAGCCGCACGGGGGGGAGGCGGGUGGUGGGUGACAGGCUGCCUCGGGCGAGCAGACUAGCGGUGCCUGGCGUGCGUGGCAGUGGUGGCACCUUGGCAGCAGUUGGGGGGGGCGAGGCACACACCAUAGUGGCCGAGGGUGCAGUGAGCGCACAGGCGCUGGGGUGUGCUGGGCAGGGUGCUGAAGAUGAAGAGUGGCGCGCGGAGGUAGGCAGAGAGGCGGGAGCAGAGACGGGUGGUGCUGCUGUGAUGAGCGGAGAGGUGGAGGAUGGGGCGGGUGGAGGGGCGGGCAAGGGCACGGUGGUGUACCACCGCAAGCGACAGCGGUCGUGGCGAGCAGCAGGCAGUGGGGGGCACACGGGCAGCAUUGCUGCCUGGCGCCCUGGCAGGCCCAGCAUGGCCGGCCUGUCCCCUGCCCGCCUGCUCCUGCCCGUGCCCCUCACCCCCGCUCCUUCCCUCCCUGCCUCGCCGCUCCUCUUGCCUCCCCACGUGCCAUGGCCUCGUCCCCCUCGCCCUUCUACCGUGCGUCCGUCUGCAGCACGGGACUCAGCAUGUGCAGCCGUAGGCGGUGAGGGGCUGGGGCGAGAGGUGGAAGGGCGAGAGGAGGAGGGGCAAGGGGGUGAAGCGGGUGGGGAGGGUGAAGAGGGUGGGGAGGAUGGCAAGGGUGGGGUGAGGGGCAGUAGGGGAGGUGCUGGGGAGGGUGGAGAGGGGAGUGCAGGGUUGGUGGAUGGAGGGCGGCAGCAUGGCAGCAAGGGUGAUGCAGUGCGGAAUUGUGGCAGCGGGCAGGGUUGUGCUGGGGCGGGGUGUGCAGGAGGGCUUGCAGCAGCUUGUGUGAGUGGCGAUGGGUGCAGCGAAUCAGGUGGGUCUGCCUCCCUGCUGCCUCCUCCAUGUGCCGCUCAACCUGCCCCCCCUGCCACGCCUACCAGCCCGCCUCCCAUGCUGCUGCCUGUGCCGUCAAGCGCCCCCCAUCCACAGCAGGCAAGCCCCCCUCUCCCUCCUCCCACAUCUCCUCCUCAGUCCUCCCCCUCACCACAGCAGCAGCAGCAGCAGCAGCAGCAGCAGCGGGCGGGCAGCAGCCCAGUGGCGCUGAGGCCAUCAUUCCCGUCGCCCUCGUCGGUGGCCAAGCGAGCAGCCGUCACGUACCGCCGCGCUGACGUCACUUUGCGCCGCGCUGAUGUCACGCUGGGCGAGGAGGGGUGCGGCUUCAGCCUGCUGCCCUCACCGCACUUCCCCCUGCGGGCUGCCUCCGUCACGCACAAGCCUGCUGACAUCACUCUCCCGCAUGCUGAUGUCACCAUCUCAGAGUCCCUCUGUGGCAGCGAAAGCCCACGCCCUGCCAGCCCAGCGCCCCUCGUGCUCUCCACCUGCACACCUGACUCCCUCCAACCCCCCCACGCUACACUCGCCCCCAUCCCUGCUCCACCGCUCUCUGAUGAGCGCGAGGGCGAGCGUGGGCAGGGGUGUGGGGAUGUGUGGAGCAUGGGAGGAGGGACGAAGGAGAGUGAAGAGAGCAGCAAGGAAGCAAUGGGCUCGGCACUGCCUGCAGCAGUUGAGGUGGACGGGGUGGUGGAGGGGCGUGGCAGCAUGGGUGAACGCGAGCACAUGGCUGGUGGUGACAACUGCCAGGCGAGCACUGAUGUGCUGCGCAUGCAAGUGGAUGGGGUGCAGUGGGGUGGAGGGCAGUGGGGCAGCGCAUGUGCAGGAGAGGCGGUGCAGGCAGCAAGUGAAUCAGGUGGAGAUGAAACUAGUGGGGAGGGGCGAGGCAGGCAAAGACGCAGGGAGGAGGGAUGUGGGGGACAGCUGGGUGUGCGCAGGGCAGUCGAGAGGGGUGAGGGGAGAGGCGGUGGGUUGGAGGGGUUUGCGAGUGUGAUGUAUGUGGUGGAUGGGCAUGUGGAGGAAAGCGCACACACGCGCAGGCAGCAGGUGGGGGAGGACAGGGCAGCUGCCACAUGUCACUCUGGGGUGGGGGAGAGGGACGCAGCACACGGGUGUGAAGGAGGCGAGGGUGGUAUAGAGGGGGCAGUGAGCAGUGGAGUUGAGUGUGCAGCAGCAGGGCAAGUGGGGAGAGGAGGUGCGGAUGAGGUGUGCGAGGCAAUGCAGGGAGGGCAGUGUGGGCUGCAGGGUGACCCUGCGUGGAGUGGGCAUGGCGGCGCGGGGACGGCGUCGGGUGAUGUGGCGGAGUAUGAGCGCGGGAGCCACGCAGGCGGGGAUGAGGAGGCUUGCGGGGAUCGUUCAGGGUCGGCAGGUGCUAGGGAGGCUGCCCGUGCGGGGCAGGGUGAGGGCGGUGAGAAGGACGGGGCAGCUGUGAUGGUGGUGGGGCCGUUGCCACCGCUGCCUGCCGUUGAGGCCCGUUUGCGUGAGCGGUGGGUGGGCUGCGGCGCGCAGGGGUGGAAGGAAGCUCCCACAGCGGUGGUGCAGGGGCAGGCCCAUUCAGGGGAGGUGGGGACAAUAGUGGGCAUGGGUGGCACAGAGGAGGGUGAGAGGCACAGCAGAGUUGGCAGUUGA